AUGGCAGAUUCGCUGCGCAUGCAGCGGCCGUGGCACGCGCAGCUGCUGGGGCCCAUGUGCAGCGAGCACGACUACUACCUCGACCUGCUCUCCAUCCUGCACCACAACCAGGACGUGCGUCUCCUCACCGCCACCCCGCCAACCGCCAACUCUCCUCCCUUGUGCCUCUCCCUUGCUCCUCUGCCUUGCUGCUUCUGCGUUUUCCCUUUAAGCCGCACCUCCCUCACUCGAGCUCCCGUGUUCCCGUACCAUCUGAGUGCGUACAUCUGUGGCGUACUGCGCAUCUCGCCCUUCCGCUUCUACCGCGACAUGCUCGUCGACGCCAUGGCCCAGGAGCGGUCGUAUGACAGUCUGCCGAACAUCACAGCAGCGGACAUAGUGAGGGUGCUGGGCGUGGGGCGCAACCAGUACCUGCACACCAUGCUCGCUGCUCGCUCCACGCUAAUGUGGCGCCUGAGUCGCAAGCAGCAGCUGCGCGACUCCCUCCCGCAGCAGCCAGCAGCAGCAGAAGCCGCCCUGCCCUCCUGGUGGGGGGUAUCAGCAGUGGCGGUGGAAGGCGACGACCUGCAGGGGCUGUCAGAAGGGGAGCUGUACGCGGUGCAGGUGCUGCAGCAGGCGGAGGGAGGGCGCAUGCUGGUGGGGGAGUUGCACGAGGACGUGGUGCGGCAGCUGUACGGGCGGCACCUCGUGUACCUUGACGUGCCCGUGCUGCCCUCCGACCGCGUGCAGUGUGAGUGUGUGGCCCGGCCUGGCCUGGCUCCUCUGUGGAGUGAGAGUGCGAUGCUGCCUCUGGAUGGCUUUGUGUCCAACCGCAACACACAGGGCGCCAGGGACAUGGAGAAGCUGUUCUACGACCUGCUAGUGGCGGCGAGUCACACCACCACAGUGGCAGCGCUAGCGGACACGCUACAGGUGCCGCUGCACCGCCUGCUGCCCAUCGUCUCCCUCGCCUGCCGCCUCGCCCUUUCUGAUCACUUGCCUAGCCCCUUGCCGUUGCCUGACACAGAGGCUCCUGAGGCCUCUGUUGUUGGGGCUGGUGAGGUGGAUGAGGGAGAGCGUGGGGAUGACACAGCUGCUGCUGCUGCUGCUGCUGCUGCUUCUGCUGCUGCUUCUGGGGGUGCUGUUGCUGUUGCUGGUGCUGGUUUUGGUGCUGUUGGUGCUGGUGGUGUUGCUGAGUUUGAUACUGGUGCAGUUGGCAUGAGCAGUGGGGCUCAGGUUGCAGCAGGACAAGCCACAGACGCCACCCAGAGAAUGCCUUGGGGGGGGCAGUGGAAGGGGCAACGGGCGGGGCAGUGGGGGGGGCAGUGGGGGGGGGCGGCAGCGGAAGGGGUGGCGGAGCAGCGUGUGAGUGUGGCGCUGCUGGUGGAUGCGCGCAUCACAUCGUUCCUCAUGAUGGGGUCCUUCUCCCAUGACCUGAAGCGGCACGCAGUGAUGCUGUUUGAGGCGGGCAAGCUAGCAGAGCCGCAGGUGCUGCAGCUGUGGGAGCAGCUACAGCUGGUGGAAGAGAGCCCCGACCUCGCAGGGGACCUGCUGCGCCUGCGCAUUCUUGCCUCCUGCCUCCGCUGCGCCAUCGCCACCCUGCGCUGCCUCUCCCUGCCCCCCUCCGCCUCCCCUUCCGCGCCCCCCUCCGCCUCCCCUUCCGCCCCCCCCUCCGCCUCAACUUUUGCCUCCCCUUCUGCUCCUCCCUCCGCCUCCCCCUUCCCUUCCCCUGCUGCAUCUUCCUCUGCUGUUCUCUCUUCUGCUGCUCUACCGUUGCCCGCCUCUCACAAUCAACCACUGGUGAACCACCAAGGCCCCUCACAGAGUAGAGCAGGAAAUCGCGGGGAGGAGGAGGAAGAGGAGAAGGAGAAGCGGAGUGCACUAAGGAAUGGGAUGGAGAGGGGCGAAGCGGAGGGAACAGCACAGGGUACCAGAGAUGAACCUCAAGCAGCUACCGCUCUGCACCCACCUCUAACGCAAGGAACCUCCUCCCCAUCAGCAGCUGGGGUUGCUGGUACUGCUCCCUCUUGUGUUGACAGUGACACCACUGCAACCGCAAGCACUACCAGCAGCAGCACGAUAAGCGGCACCAGCACUAACAGCGCUGUUGGCAAUACUGCUUCCCUCCCAACCGCAUCGCCUACCCUUGACUACAACACAACCUACCCCGCCCCUACCCCUGCACACCGCGCACCUCCUCCCACCAUCAUCACCUCUCUGCAAUCCCCACACUCGUCCUCCACCACUCCUCACUCCUCUGCAUCCCCCUCCGGCCCCACAUGGUCCCACCGUCUCAUGCACGCAGCGGAGGCAGCAGGGGCGCGUCUUUCCAGCUCCGUUCCCUCCCACCCGCUCCCCUCCCUCUCCGGACUCUCCUCCUUCUCCUCGCUCUCCUCGCUGCACCUCUACCCGGGCAGCAUCUCCCUCGCGCUGAGCGAGGUGGCAGGGUCGGUGGCAGGGAGCGUGGCAGAGCGGGUGACAGCUACAGCCGACUCCCUUGCUGUAGCGCUCACGCCCAGGGGAACCACCAGCAGCACCACUACGCGCAGCAGCAGUGAGAAGGGUGUCAGCCGAUCCAGCUCUGCUGGCACGCCAAGAGGGCAGCAUGUGUGUGCAGCACCCGCCACUCCUGCUGGAAAGGCCUCUGAAGCUUCGACUCCUAGCUUGUGCAGCAGCCUCACGCCAGCCACUCCCUCCACGCUUCUUCCUCCUGCGCGGUGGAACCGAGUGGAGAUUAUCCGAGGGGAGAGCCUGGCGAGUCUGUCCCCGUCCAUACGGCAGCGCCUGCUGUCCCGUGAUUACCACGUGAUUGUCUCUGCUCUCCCGCUCCUCCCCUCCGCCAUGCUCUCGCCUCCCUUCCCUGACUCGCUCCCUGCUGCCACUGCUCUUCCUGCUGCGAUCGCCGCUACCCCUGCUGUUUCAACGCCAGCAGCGCUUGCAACGCCAGCAGCACUUGCAACGCCAGCAGCACUUGCAGCGGGUGCAGGUGGUCUUCUCCUGUACGUGCUCUCCCGCUGCGGCCCUCCUACCAUCGUUCUCGUGCGCGGGCAGAGGCUCAGGCACCUCCCCUUGGUGCUGCGCGCGUGUGAGUGCGCCCUGGUGGGCAUGUGGGAUGGGGGGGACAUUCGCAAGGGGGGCAGGGCAGGCGGGGGAGGAGGGGACGAGUGGUGGGGGGAUGGGGGGGAGAAUGGCGGAGGGGGAGGGGGAGGAGGGUGGGGUGAGGAUACGGUGGGGGGGUUGACAGUGGUGCCUCGGGGUGUGUUGCUGCAUGUGCUGAACACGCUGUUGCUGCGAUCAGCUGUGAUGGUGCAGCCUCUUAUGAGCUCGCGCUAUGCUGCAGAGGAGGAGAAGGCAGAUCCGGAAGCGAACAGUGGGGCGGCUACUGAGCACACGAGGGAAAAGGAGGGAGGUAGAGCAAGGGAGGAAGCGGAAGGAAGAGCAUUGCAGCAAGUGGAGGGGAUGAGGUGCAUUGAGAGAGUGGUGUAUCCGCUGGGGCUGACAGGCAUGGGUGUGCUCACUCUCAUGCAUUUACCACACGGGGAAUCCAGUAGUGCCGUGAUGCAAGAAGCUGGGGUGCAUGGUGGAACAUGCACGGCGCAGCAUGGCAAUCAGCAUGCUCUCAGCGGUGGUGGUUGUGUCGAUGGUGACCGCGCUGCUGCUGCUGCUGCUGCUGCUGCUGCUGCUGCUGCUGCAGGCAUGACUGCUUUGGCAGGAGUUGCGUGCGGUGCUGUGGGGUGCAGCAAGGGCUGGGUGCCUCACUCGCUCAGCCUUGGCUUGCCUCUGUUUGACGCGUCCCUCUGUGCGCAGGUGCGCAGAACGGCUCACCAAGCGUCCUGCCUGCGCACAACUAUUGAGACGUGGCAAAUUCUCUCCCCACCCCCUCCCCUUGCCACCACUGCAGUGCAUGCUGCAGGGACGGUUGUGGUGGCAGGGGGUGCAGCGGAGAAUGUGGCGGUGCAAGGGACAGCAGGCAGGGCACUGCAAUUCGCCGUUGGUGCUCUUGUCCGGUUUGAUGCUCGCCUCCAUGCUCGCCUCCAUGCUCGCCUCCAUGGUAAUGUGUGCUCCUUUCACAUGUGUGCGUGUCACUGCAGCAGCAGGCAACACCACACUCAUGACACUGCUGGCCUCAAGGAUGCUGCUGCUGGUACCAAUGCUACUGCUGCUGCUGCUGAUUCUAGCAGAGCAGGUGGUGUGCGGUAUGAUGAAGCAGAGGAAGUGGAGGAGGGCGACUGCGACGAUGACGAUGACGAUGACGAUGUCACGUCGCUGGUGCUCCCCGGCUUGAACCUCUACUUCGAUGGCUCCUCCCUCUGGCCGCUUGACGUCUCCUCGUGCCGCCAGGGAAGCGUGAUGUCAAGAGUGCUGCCACGGCAUCACACCACCGCCACACGGCAAGCCGGCAGAUAG